GCGUUUCCACAGAGCUGGUUACCCGUUUGAGUGAAUGCUAGAUAAAAAUGAAGGAAGGUUGAUUGUUGAGUUUAGUCUAGUCUGAGCUGGGUGGUAUUUACAUUGUCCUCUUCUUGGAAAGCCCGGGUUUUUGUUUUAUUUUUUUUAAACCCGUUAAGUUAUUAUUUAUCCAGGGUGUUUUAUAAGUCAGUCAAUGUGGUAUGUGGUACGCGAGGUAUUGCUUUUUAAUUGAAACGGCUGAUCGCACAGCAGAAGUAGUUAUUAACAUUAAAAUAGUACUGUAAUAGGAUAGGGAUCAUGUGAGAAGGUACAAGGAUGGUGACACCACGCCAUUUCAACGAAGAGGAAUGACUACAUAAAUAGAAACUGGGAAAUUCCUUCAUAGCCAUGCACGUUCCUGUCAAACUUGCCUGUCAUCAGAACAAGAGGGAUUUCUUACCGUCGCAUCUGCUUUUAUCAUUAUUAGAAGGCAUGGCACCUCAGCAAGAAACCCAGAUGCGCUAGGAAUUUGUUUUUACAAUAGUUUAAAAAAAAAAAAAAAAAAAAAAUUGUCACGUUUGUGAAAAAAAAUUGAGGAUCUAUGUAAGCAUUAAAACCUCAACACCAAAAAGCAAAAGAAUAAUAAAGAAAAUCACCCGUAAACAUGGCUUCUGUGUGGAAAAGAUUGCAACGUGUAGGGAAACAUGCUUCCAAGUUCCAGUUUGUGGCUUCGUACCAGGAGCUGACGGUGGAAUGUACAAGGAAAUGGCAACCUGACAAACUAGUAGUUGUUUGGACCCGAAGAAGCAGGCGGAAAUCUUCCAAGUCCCACAGCUGGCAGCCUGGUAUUAAAAAUCCUUACCGGGGUGUUGUUGUAUGGCCAGUUCCAGAGAACAUUGAGAUCACUGUGACACUUUUUAAGGAUCCUCAUGCAGAAGAGUUUGAAGAUAAGGAAUGGACAUUUGUCAUAGAAAACGAAUCCCCAUCUGGUCGUCGCAAAGCCCUUGCUACAAGCAGUAUCAACAUGAAACAGUAUGCCAGCCCUAUGCCUACACAGACAGACGUGAAGUUGAAAUUCAAGCCAUUAUCUAAAAAAGUGGUUGCUGCCACACUGCAGCUCUCUUUGUCUUGCAUUUUUCUGAGGGAGGGAAAAGCAACGGAUGAAGACAUGCAGAGUUUGGCUAGCCUGAUGAGCAUGAAGCAGGCUGACAUUGGCAAUUUGGAUGACUUUGAAGAGGAAAAUGAAGAGGAUGAAGAGAACAGAGUGAAUCAAGAGGAGAAGGCAGCAAAAAUUACAGAAAUUGUAAACCAGUUGAAUGCCCUCAGCAGCUUAGAUGAAGACCCAGAUGACUGCCUAAAGCAAGCAAAUAAGCCUUCCACUAAAUCAGCCAGUUCUUCUGAAGAACUCAUCAGUAAACUUAAUUUUAUGGAAGAGGAUGACCAAGACGUGUCAAAUAUGGAUUCAAAUCCAUUUGGCGAUCCAGAUGAGUCCAGGUUAAAUCCAUUUGGCGAUCCUGAUGAAGAUUUUACAGAACCAGCUACCGAGGUUGCUGUCCCAUGCAAAGAACCACCACACUAUGAUCACAAUUCUUCCAAUCCCUUUGAGACCGAGAUGGUGACGGAGACAGUGCAGUACAGCAACCCGUUUGAUGAACCUGAACCCGAGCUUGAACCAGAACCCGACAGAACGAAGGAAACAAAGAUAGAGCAGUCCCCACCAAGACCAGCAAAGAUGAAAAAUGUCCGACCCAUCGACAUGAGCAAAUAUCUUUAUGCGGACACAACCAAAAACGAGGAUGAAGAACUAGCGGAAGCCACACAGCACCUGUUGGCCAGCAGAGUUAUAGAGCAGCAACAGAGGUCCAAUCCAUUUUACGAACCAAAGGCCUCUCCUUUGAGUGGGCAGACCACUCCUUUACAAGAAAGUGAUGUGGACAAAAGGGCUAAAAGGAAGGCACCAGCCCCUCCGAUCCCCACACCAAAGAUACACCCUGAAAACUCAGCAAAACUACCUGCUGCUGUUGGGAAGGAGCUUGCAUCUUCACCAAAGCCAAGCCCGUUCCCUAGCCCUGUUCUGGGGAAGAAGCCAAAUGCCAGUCAGUCUCUGCUUGCAUGGUGCAGAGAGGUUACAAAAAACUACCGAGGGGUGAAAAUAACCAACUUCACCACGUCCUGGAGAAACGGCUUGGCUUUUUGUGCGUUAUUUCACCACUUCAGGCCCGAUCUCCUUGACUACAAAACCCUGAAUCCUCAAGAUAUUAAAGAAAACAACAAAAGGGCUUACGAUGGCUUUGCCAGCCUUGGGAUCUCUCGGUUGCUGGAGCCCUCGGAUAUGGUGCUGCUGGCCAUUCCAGACAAGUUAACUGUCAUGACCUACCUUUAUCAAAUAAGGGCUCAUUUCAGCGGCGAAGAGCUGAAUGUGGUGCAAAUAGAAGCGAACAGCAGCAAAAGCACCUACAAAGUGGGGGACUUUGAAACAGACACAAACAGCUCCAUCGAUCAAGACAAGUUCUAUGCUGAGCUUAACGAGGUAAACCGGGAGCAAGAGACACUGCCGUCGAACAGCACGGAGGCAGACGUUCCUGCUCAGGAUGAGUCUGUGUUUUUCAGCAAUAGUGCCGUCAGGGAGUUGGAAAACGAGUGCCAGGCUCCUGAUGGCACUCUGAGCACUGUCGUGGCAUCACCACCAUCACAUAGGACGAAAAGUGAUACUGAUCCUCCAAAACCUCAUCCAAGCACUACUGGAAACUCUGCAGCUGUGGACCUGCGUCAAUAUGACACUACAGAUCUAGCACAAGCGCUGCCAUCAUUUGGCAAAAAGAAACUGCUGAAAGCAGACACUUUAGAUUUGAGCGACUUACAGCAUGUCAGCGAUCAAAAGAAGGAUGAAUCUCCAACGCUCUUGUGUGAAGUUCCUGGCAAAGAGAGACUCACAAGUACAGGAAAUGCCAGUAGCUGCUCUGAGCAGGAGAGGCCCAGGCUUCAGGGAGUAAUGGAGGCCCAGAGCCCAGAACCCACAUCCCCUGUCAAGAGGGCAGGGCCCUCUCCCUCUCACAAGCUUGGGUUCUCUUACAACAGGGAUGCCGACCUCAUCAAGAAAAAGCGUGCCUCUCUGAGGCACGCUGAAUCUGAUGCCACUUCAGAUGCCAGUUUUGCUCUGACCCACGCAGAUCAUGCCGUAAAAAGUGCGCAGAUUACCUUCACCCAGCAGUCAAAUGUCACUGAAGAAAAGAAGAUAUUAUCCCGACAAGAGGAGCUUAAAGAGAGGGCAAGACUUCUAUUGGAGCAAGCAAGGAGAGACGCAUCUUUGAAAGUAGGAAAUAAAAAAGUGAUGACCCAUUCAUCCACACCAACCCGCAGCAAGCAACUAAAUGAUCAGCAAGAUGAAGAGCGACGUCGUCAGCUGAGAGAGAGAGCUCGUCAGUUAAUAGCAGAAGCACGAUCUGGUGUGAAGAUGUCUGAACUUCCCAGCUACAAUGAAAUGGCUGCAGAGAAGUUGAAAGAAAGGUCAAAGGCAUCAGGAGAUUUUGGGGACGAGGAUGCCGUUGAUCAUGGUGGGGAUGAUGAUGAUGAUGAUGAUGUUGUUGAUAAUGUAGAUACUAAUGAUGAUGAGGGAAGCCCUGUAUGUUCCUAUGUAGGAGAUGGAGAUGAAUUUACUAACCUAAAAAGUGACCUUGAUUCUCUUGGUGGACAGAACAGCAAGCAUGUGGAUCUCAAACUCAAGAAGCUCGUGGAGGCUCGUCCACAGGUAGUAAAUGUGCUCUCGACCGCUGCUGCACAAAAGGUCACCAGUGAUGGUACAGAACAGGAAGAACUUAAGAACAAUGCAGAAGAUAAUCGCACUGAGAGAUUGCGAAAAGCAACAGAACGGUUGCGAAGUCCAGUAAUGUUCAAUAAGGAUUCCACAGUGAGGAAAACACAGCUCCAGUCUUUCAGUCAGUAUGUUGAAAACAGACCAGAAGUAAAAAAGCAAAGAUCUGUACAAGAAGAUUCAAAGAAAGCAAAUGAGGAGAGGGUGCCAAUAACUGAAAUUGAGCAGAAGCCAUCUGAAGAUGAAAAAGGGUUCAAAGACACCAGUCAGUAUGUAGUUGGAGAAUUGGCAGCACUGGAGAGUGAGCAAAAGCAAAUUGACACCCGGGCCGCGCUGGUGGAGAAGCGCCUCCGCUAUCUCAUGGACACAGGCAACAAUAAAGAGGAGGAAGAUGCCAUGAUGCAGGAAUGGUUUAUGCUGGUAAACAAAAAAAACGCUUUGAUCCGAAGACAGAAUCAGCUUUCUCUCCUGGAAAAAGAACAUGAUCUGGAAAGACGGUUUGAGCUACUGAACCGAGAGUUGAGAGCAAUGCUUGCAAUCGAAGACUGGCAGAAAACUGAGUCUCAAAAGAGACGAGAGCAGCUUCUGCUGGAUGAGCUUGUUAUUCUGGUUAACAAGCGAGAUGCACUGGUCAGAGACUUAGAUGCCCAGGAAAAACAGGCGGAAGAGGAGGAUGAGCAUUUGGAAAGAACUCUGGAACAAAACAAAGGCAAAAUGGCAAAAAAAGAAGAAAAAUGUGUCAUUCAGUAAUUACCAACUGCAAAACCAAUGCCACUGCAUAUCUUUAUUAACAUGAAUAUGUAAAGAUUUUAAUCAAGUAUGUGAGCCUGAGUAAUCUUAAUUUGGUUCAGCGUUGUGUAACAUUUUAUGUCUGGUUUUAAAUGGCCCCUUUUAUGCCUUACACAUGUUCUAGGGAGGUUUAUUUAACAACACAUGAGGUACUUUGAAUGAACAUUCAAUCAUAAAAAGUCAAUUGAAAUGUAUGUGGUAUUUUAAAAAACGAAAAUUGAUUGCCUGUUGGAUAAUCAGUAAUUAUUAAAUGUGGUCAAGACAUAGAUUGUGAAUCUGACCUAGAGGAGUCAAGAAAGAACAUUUCAGAAAUACAAAGAAGUCAUUACAAAUACAACAGUAAAUCAUGCAGAUAUUCAAUGUUAAUUUUUAACGUUUCUUUUAACCUUUUUAUUUUUUCGCUUUGUAUUUUUUCCCCCAUAAAAUGAGAGUUAUUGUUAUAUUCCAACAUUGGUGUAAUUAUUAAAAGUUUACAGCUGGUAAGAGACUGCAAACCCAAAAUGCAGCGGCCAUGUUGUAUAUGGUUACCAAUGCUGGCGUGAAUUAUGGGAGGCUGAUCAACUUGCAGCCGUUUACUUUAAAAUACAGCAAAAACGACAUCAUGACGAAAAGCAUUAUUUAUUACAGUGUUUCCUUACUUGAGCUACAUGUAAAGUAAUUGUGACAUCUUAAGCAUGUACAUUUGCUCAAGGACUUAAUAUUUAUUAUAUACUUUUUUUUUUAAUUGCUUUCAUGUGCAAAUGUCCUUGGUAAAGCGUUCCAUCUGGUGCAGUUGUAUGUGUGUGGAAACAGUUGUCUGUUUAUUUAUUCCAGUAUCAUGAGUCCUCAAUAAAAUUAAAAUACU